AUGAAGCUCUCCGCCAUUAUCUCAUUCCUUGCUGCUUCAUCGGCUGCCCUACCCACUUCCAACUCUUUCGUUGCCCUUGAAGGCCGUCAAGCUGGAAGCAUCACUCGCAAUGAUCUUUCCAGCGGAGCUUCUUCCGCCUGUCCUCCUGUAAUCUUUAUCUAUGCUCGCGGUUCAACUGAGCUUGGAAACCUGGGCACACUUGGUCCUAGAGUUACCUCUGCUCUUGAGAGCUACUAUGGUAGAGACAAGGUUUGGAUCCAAGGUGUCGGCGGUGCUUACGAUGCCACCAUUGGAGACAACCUUCUCCCUCGAGGAACAUCCGCAGCUGCCAUCAGGGAAAUGAUUGCUCUUUUCAACCUGGCCAACAGCAAGUGUCCUUCCGCAAAGGUUGUCGCUGGAGGGUACAGUCAAGGCGCUGCUCUUGCCGCAGCUAGUAUCGAGGAUCUCUCCACGAGUGUCCGUAACAAGGUCGUUGGUACUGUCCUCUUUGGUUACACCAAGAACUUGCAGAAUCUUGGCCGCAUCCCCAACUACCCACGUGAGCGAACCAAGGUUUUCUGCAACGUUGGCGAUUUGGUCUGCACUGGUUCGUUGAUUGUUGCCGCUCCCCAUCUUGCUUAUCAGUCUGAUGCUUCUGGACCUGCUCCUGAGUUCCUCAUCCAACGCGUCGCUGCCUCUACCUAA